CACAUAAAACCAUGCCGAGCCCAUCUCCUACGAACCUCACUGCACUGUCUUGUCUCUCUUUCAAUUCCACCGCUCUUACUCCGCGCUUCAAUGGCAACUGUCCUCAAAACGCCGCCGUUGAGAGCCCCACUCCCGCCACGACUGCUUACCGCUCCUGCCACCAACAAUGUUUCGUUAAAGUACUCCCUUCCCUUUUGUCUUCCAUUUAGACAUAGAAGCAUUAGCACCAAACUUUCUUCCACAUGUUUUCUCCAGUUCGCCGUCAAGUCUUCUCCCCGGUUCGUAAAGUUCGUUCCUUUCUCAUCUCAAGGAGAAACCAAAACUACUGAGACCCAAGAGGCGAUUCAGGGACCAGAAAUACAGGAUUCUUCAGAUGGUGCUGUUGGGUUGGAAGAUGAUGUUAGUGAGGUGGAAGAUAGUGCCAGCAGUGAAGUUGCUGAUCCUAAGGAAACAUCUUCUUCAAUUGUCACAGCUUCAUUCCAGUCAUACAAAGAAGCUUUGGUAAGUAAUGAUGAGUCCAAAAUUGCUGAGGUUGAAGCUUUUCUGAAAUCUGUUGAAGAUGAGAAAAUUGACCUUGAAAGGAAGGUUGCUAGUUUGACUGAAGAACUUUCUAUAGAAAAAGAUCGGGUUCUCAGGAUUAGUGCAGACUUCGACAAUUUUCAGAAGAGGACAGAGAGGGAAAGGCUUUCAUUGGUGACAAAUGCACAAGGGGAAGUUGUGGAGAGUUUGUUGCCCAUUUUGGAUAAUUUUGAGAGAGCAAAAUCCCAGAUUAAAUUGGAUACUGAAGGAGAAGCCAAGAUCAAUAACAGCUAUCAGAGCAUAUACAAGCAAUUUUUGGAAAUUCUAGGUUCACUUGGUGUUCUUUCUGUGGAGACAAGAGGGAACCCCUUUGAUCCAUUGCUGCAUGAAGCCAUUAUGCGAGAGGAUUCAGUGGAAUUUGAAGAGGGUAUCAUACUUGAGGAAUUUCGCAAGGGGUUCAAGCUUGGUGACAGGCUCUUGCGCCCGUCAAUGGUCAAAGUAUCAUCUGGUCCAGGUCCUGCAAAGCCUCAACAAGUGGGGUCAUCAGGAGGAGCUGAAACUGCAAGCGAAACAACUGAGGACAGCCGAGAACCAGUGUCUUCUUAGGAGACAAUAUACUCAACCUUGACGAGUUUUGAAAAAGUAUAAUCUAUAUUAUUGUGAUAUCUUUAGGGCACUCAAUUGUUAUUUAUGGGAUGUGAUUUUUGCAAAUGAAAUAUUGCUCUUUAUAUAUAUAUAUAUAUAUGUAAUUGGCUCUGACUGAUAUUGAUACGAA